ACUGCUAACACUGAAAGUCAGCCUUGUUUCAUCCUCUUCAACGAAUAUGCCUACUUAAAGCAGGCAACCGCGACUGUUCGCUUAUUAGUGCGAUUCUCUGUCUUUCCGUGUGCACAAACGAAGUAAAACAACAUUCCUUUGUGAUCUACCUUGUAUCGUUUCCUCCAUCAACUUGUUCUGAAUCCAUUACUUCCUCGGCCCACUUUAUGAUAACUAGAAUUUUGAAAAGACAUGCCGUUGAGAUGCAGAAAAUAACUGAUAUAAAAAUAAUACCUACAAUAUACAAUCUUUACGAUGCCCGAUGCUUCAUCUUCAAAUUUUUUGUUAUGAAACUUAAGGUCAAUUGGCAGCAGAGACGGAAAGAAGUAUCUUUUUUUUAACUUCAAAUUAACCGAAAAGAAAAAAAUAUAUCAAGAUGAACAAAUUAUCUUACAUGGAAGUGGUCACAGUACCUAAUUACUCUUAUGUAUUUAAUUUUGAAGAAAAUUUCAUUCAUACAGAAACUAAAGUAUGGAUGACGAAGAAUUGGACGAACUGUUUCUAUUAUUGUGGCAUUUACAUGAUCCUAAUUUUUGGCGGAAAGCAUUAUAUGUCAACUAGACCAAGGUUUGAACUCAGGGGCGUACUUGCUUUAUGGAACACAUUGCUUGCAUCGUUCUCCAUUAUUGGAUUGACUAGAACAUUACCAGAAUUGGUCCACGUGUUAAAACAUUAUGGGUUUUACCAUAGUGUUUGUAUACCUAGCUUUAUUGAACAAGAUGUUGUGUCUGGUUUUUGGACAUGGAUGUUUGUUCUAUCAAAACUUCCGGAGCUUGGUGAUACAAUCUUUAUAGUAUUACGAAAACAAGAAUUAAUUUUUCUACAUUGGUAUCAUCACAUAACAGUUCUUCUUUACUCAUGGUUUUCAUAUUCAGAAUACACAGCAUCCGCGAGAUGGUUCGUUGUAAUGAACUUUUUUAUUCAUUCCAUAAUGUAUAGUUAUUAUGCUUUGAAAGCAAUGCAAUACAGACCACCAAAAAUAUGCGCCAUGUUAAUCACUGUGCUACAGAUAACACAAAUGUUCAUUGGUUGCAUUAUAAAUAUUUCGGCUCACCAGUAUCUGGAGAACCAAAUUGAAUGUCAUAUUUCACGUUUAAAUGUUAAACUUAGUUUGCUUAUGUACUUCAGCUAUUUCAUUCUCUUCUGUAGAUUCUUCCAAAGAUCUUAUAUUAACAAAGGUGGUAAAUUCCAAAAGAAGGGCUUCACUAAUGGAACAGUGGAAUAUGACAAGCUCAAGGCUAAUUAAAGCACACCAAAAUAUUUUGGAAACUUUUUCUAGAAACGCAUUCCAGUGGCAUUUCUUGAAAACAUUUUCUAAGAAUCUUUUUAAAGUUAUGGAGCUGUAUUUCAAGAAAUAUCCUUUGGAAAUUUUUUUAGAAGUCUUUGUUAAUUCAAAGUCGUAAAAUUGGUUGUGGUAGAAUGAAAUCACAAGAUAGAAUGGAAAAACACUUACUUAAAUACAGCACAUUGAAUUUUAUGAUAAUAUUAAAUGUUGCACACUGAAUUUGGUAGUAAUAGUAAUAAAUUUCAUAAUAACUUGUUUAACGUGUUUGACGUUACAUACGUUAUCAACGAGUUAAUAGGAAGCUUUUUAGAAGCAAUUCUUAAAACUACUUUUUUCUCUAGAAAUGAUUUCUGAAGAAAUUUCUGAACUUUUUUUGUGAUACUUCUUUAUGAAAUUUAUGUGUCACAAAAAUAAUGGUAGAACGAGAAUGGAGACGUAAUAUUUAAGAACUUAGAAUAUUGUAUAAAUAUAUUAUUUAGUAUUGAACUAUUUACUAAUAAAAAAAAAUUAAUUAUAAUGGAAAAUUUGUCAAUAUGCUUAAUAUAUUUUUAUUAUCAAUAUGUUUGACAUAUUUAUUGUUGUGCAUAUGGAAAU